AUGGGAAAGAAGCGUGUUCUUGUCAGCUACGGGGUGGACAUCGAUGCUGUUGCAGGAUGGUUGGGAUCGUACGGUGGUGAAGACUCCACGAGCGACAUCAGCAGAGGUCUCUUCGCUGGAACACAUGGAACACGCCGGCUUUUGAAACUAUUCGACAAGUACAAUAUCAAAGCCACAUGGUUCAUUCCCGGUCAUUCUUUGGAGACGUUCCCAGAAGAAUGUGCCAUGGUCCGCGAUGCAGGCCAUGAAAUCGGUCUCCACGGCUACUCUCAUGAAAACCCAUCUGACAUGAGUUUUGAACAACAACGGGACGUUCUGGACAAAACUUUCCGGCUCCUGACCGACUUCUGUGGAAAGCCACCUCGAGGGAGUGUGGCUCCAUGGUGGGAAGUCAGUGAGGCUGGCACCGAACUUCUACUGAGUUACGGUAUCGAAUACGACCACAGCAUGGGCCAUGAAGACUGUCAAAUGUAUUGGCUUCGGACAGGCGACACGUGGACCAAAAUCGACUAUACGAAGAAAGCCGCCGAGUGGAUGAAGCCUUUGGUCAGAGGAAAGACGACGGGAUUGGUCGAAAUACCUGGUUCAUGGUACAUUGAUGAUCUGCCACCCAUGAUGUUCAUGAAGAACUCGGCGAAUAGCCAUGGCUGGGUGAAUCCACGCGACAUAGAACAAAUUUGGAAGGACCAUUUUGACUAUUACUACCGAGAGUAUGACGAAUUCAUCUUCCCGAUGACGAUUCAUCCGGAUGUCUCUGGCCGACCACAUGUGGUGCUGAUGCAUGAACGGAUUAUCGAGUAUAUCAACCAGCACGAGGGGGUUGAAUGGGUGACUAUGGAACAGAUGUGCGAUGACUUCAAGAGUAAGAACACGCCGCCUGAAGGCGCAUUGCUACCGGCUCCAGCGGGUGAAAUUUUGAAGAAGCCUGCUUUGAACUGA